UUUUGCAACUUUUUAUUUAAUUAUUAUUUAUUAUUAUUAUUAUUUAUAUUAUAUAAAAAAAGACAAAAUGGUGAAAGCUUUGAAAACGAGGAAACUGGUCAGAUUGGGAAAAAUUGAUUUCGAUUAUGUUAUAAAUCCAACUAGUACUGGAAAGGUUGUUUUCGGGUCAACCACUGAGCGCGGCAUUGAUAAUAUUAAGAACAUGUCUGCAUUUAUGCGUGCACACACACAAGGCAGUUUUGACUUUCCAGGACCAGGUGCCUAUACCCCACCAAUUGUGAAACGUGUGCUUUUCAAUCACCGUCUGCGACAUUCUAAAAUCUUAGCAGAAUAUAAACAAGAACGUGAAUCGAAACGUCCAGAAGCUGGUGAUUACAAUAUUGACAUAAGGCAGCCCAUUAAAAGGAAUGUCAUUACUCCUUGUAGAGAACCUAGAAAUAGGGUUCUUUCUGUUACUCCAGGAGUUGGGACUUAUAAUACUACUAGUACAAUAGAAAAAUUAAAGUUACACUCGGCUUUUGGGAGCGAACACACGAUAGUUCCUGUUUAUAGGAUUAUAUGUACACCAGUUAAUAAAGCACAGUGUUUUAAAUGCUUUGAAACACCUCAGGGUGAUUAUUUUCGCGACUUUGUUAGUAAAUUAGACUUAUGUUAUCCAUGUAUGAAAGAUUGGCGAAAAAUGGCUGCAAACUACAAGAUGAAUUAUUACAUUCGAUUGAAAGAAUAUAAAAAGAUGGAAAAAUUUGAACCAGCUCGAUAUUGCGAUAUUUAUCACACACACGCCAAGGGGGCUACAGUUUCCGUUACUACAAUGACUCAAAAGCAAUUGAAAAAGCGGCAACAGAUUGAGAACUAUUUAUUUCCUUAUGUGAAAUAUUAAAGAUUUUGAACAAUUUUUACGUAUAUAUUUUUGA